AUGCGCUUGACCGCUGUUAUCAUCACCGGUGCUGCGGCUCUUCUUGUCCAGGGUCAAGAAGUCUACAUCUACCGUAAGAUAUGCGGCGUCAUUGCCUGCGCCGACAUCCACGCCCACGACCAUCUAUGGUCCCGGUAUUCGGACGCCGUCAAACUCCUAAACACCAGCCUAUCGACGACAACGUACGGCAGCUGGCUCCCCGGUCAAACCGCCAUCUCGGCUACAGACACUGACGACAUCUAUGGCCAAGCCGCUUGGUCAUCCAUGUGGCUCAGCGCCAACAUGCCCAACUACACAACCACCGGACUGUACUCGACCACUGUCAACCCGAGCCCCGUUCCCACCGAAGAGCUCGUGGCUCCGCGCAGGGAGUACUUCUUGGCCCAGGAUUCGUACGAGUUCCCCGACGGCUUCUUCCUGGGCGUUGCCGGAUCUGCGGCCCAGAUCGAGGGCGCAGCCCAUACGACGCUCGAGAACUACUUCCUGUACAAACAGGACAUUGAGCGCAUCGCUGCCAUGGGCGUAAAGUACUACAGCUUCUCCAUCUCGUGGUCGAGGAUCCUGCCCUUUGGCCGCGCCGGAUCACCCAUCAACAAGCAGGGCCUGCAGCACUACGACGACUUGAUCAACUACGUCCUGGAGAAGGGCAUGGUGCCCGUGGCUACCAUGCUCCAUUUUGACACCCCGUGCGCCUUGAUCAAGACGGCCAACGGAUCGGGAAUCGAGGUGCCAGACCUUCACUUCGACAACAUGGGCUUCUGGAACGAACAUUUUGUCGAAUCCUUUGUAAACUACGGCAAGAUUCUCCUGGCACACUUUGCGGACCGUGUGCCCAUGUGGGUGACGGUCAACGAGCUGAUGAUCAACACCUUCAACUUUACGGGCUUCGACAACGUGGUUCACGCUCACGCGCAGCUCUACCACUUCUACCACGACGACCUCAAGGCCACGGGCCAGAUGGGAUUCAAAUGGAACGCCAACUUUGGCCUGCCCAGGAAUCCUCGCGACCAGGCCGACGUCGAAGCCGCGAACCGGUUCAACGCCAUCCAGCUGGGCACCUACGGCAACCCUAUAGCCCUCGGCGAGCAGUAUCCCGAUGCCGUGCUGCAGACCCUCCCCAAGGCCAAGAAGCUGACAGACGAGGAGCUGGCCUACAUCGGCGACACGACCGACUUCUUCGGCCUGGACCCCUACACGGCAACCGUCAUCUCGCCACCGCCUGGCGGCAUCGACGCCUGCGUCGACGUCCACGGCUGGAACGUCGGCUACCGCGCCCAGACGUACGUCUACGCCACGCCCGAGUACAUCCGCUCCUUCCUCUUCUACGCCUGGAACACCUUCCGCAAGCCCAUCGUCGUCGGCGAGGUUGGGUACGCAAUCUUCGCCGAGUCCCAGCGCCAAAUGCCCGACCAGCGCUUCGACUCGCCCCGAAGUCAGUUCUACCUGUCUUACCUGUCCGAGAUGCUCAAGUCGAUCCACGAGGACGGCGUCAAUAUCCUCGGUGCUUUCGCCUGGUCCUUUGUCGACAACUGGGAGUUGGGCGAUUUCCGCCCGCAGUUCGGAAUGCAGGCGGUGAACCUAACCACGCAGCAGAGGUUCUACAAGAAGAGUUUCUUUGAUCUGGUGGAUUUCAUGGCGUCUAGGAAAGGGAUGGGAUAUUGA